AUGAGCGAUAACUUGAAUUCCCCUAUAUAUGAGUCCAAGCAAACUUGCUAGUUUGGCUCAUCAUCAAUGCGAAAUACACAGAGCAGUAUUAAUCCAGGAGAGAGCAAAGCAACUUCUACAGCUGCCAUUGGCAUUUCUACUUGCAAUAGUAAUAUCACUACUGCUAGGUCUAAGUUGAAUAAUUCUUGUAUUGGAAUAAGUCGGAGUGGAGUAGGAAUGUAUGUAGGUGGAAUGGCUAAUGUUGGUGCUUCAGAUUCUUAUAGAUUCUAAAACUCAAUGCUCAGCUAAAUCACACUAUAAAAUUAUAAAAGACAGGUGUUUAAACUGAAUGCUCCAAACCUAACUGAAUUCCUAGACGUUAAUUUCCAUAAGAAAUCUGCUCCAACAGCUCCAACAUCAAGAUCUCACCAUUAAAACUCAAUCAAUAGAUCCGUGACUAAUUAACUACCAAAGCUGCCUGAAAAACUAACUCAUUCUGGUUAUUAAAAAAAGAAAUUCUCCAGAAUAAAGGUGAAAGAUAGUAGUAAUGGGUUUGUAAUUAGUGGCUCUAAAAUUCAAGAGAAUCCAGCAAGUAACAUCACACUAGACCAGUUUACAGGUGUGUCGGCUUUUAUUCCUUAUUGA